CCCCACCUCCCACGCCUUGCUCUCUGUCUGUCUCCAUUGUUUUUUUAGUUCCAGCUUCUUCACCACUUUCUUCCUCCCCUCCUCCUCCUUUUCUUCAUUCUCCCAUCGCCGGAUUUUUAUAAUCCGCAAAUUUUGUGUUUAUUUAUAUAUAUUUAUCUUUAUAGAUAUACGUGAAUCUGAAGGCAGCAGAUCCAAGGUCCCCUCCCUCCCUAAUCUGAGUUUCUAGCGUUGUUUUAAGGCUAGAUACAGUUCUGAAGAAGUCAUGUCUAGAAAGCCCGGAUACCCAACGAGGCGGUUUGGAGCUGGUGGAAACUUUGGGGGGCUGUUUCAUACGAAAUCGCGCAUUUCGCCUCUUUUUCCUACAAUUCUCAUCAUUCUGGGUGUUCUCUGCGUGGUCACCUAUUUUUAUAGCGGCAGAGGUAUAGUUGGAAGCGCAAAGGAAGCACUUAGCAAGAUAGAUGGUGACUUUACAUGCACGUCAGAGGUUCAAAGAGCAACGCCUUAUUUGAAGAGUGCAUAUGGUGACAGCAUGCGCCGUGUUUUGCAUGUGGGACCGGAUUCAUGUUCGGUGGUUGCUAGAUUAUUAAAAGAAGAGGAAACCGAGGCAUGGGGUGUAGAACCCUACGAUAUAGAGGAUGCUGAUGCUAAGUGCAAAAGCCUUGUGAGGCAGGGUCUAGUGCGGGUAGCUGAUAUCAAGUUCCCUCUACCCUACCGUUCAAAAUCAUUCUCACUUGUUAUUGUAUCAGAUGCUGUGGAUUACCUUUCUCCUAAAUAUCUUAACAAGACACUUCCCGAGUUGGCAAGAGUAUCCUCUGAUGGCCUUGUGAUUUUCACAGGUCAUCCAGGACAAUCUAAAGCAAAAAUUGCAGAGCUGUCCAAAUUUGGGCGCCCGGCAAAAAUGCGGAGCUCUUCGUGGUGGGCAAGGUUCUUUGUUCAGACCAGCUUAGAGGAGAAUGAAGCGGCAGUUAGAAAGUUUGAGAAGAUUAUCACUGAGAGCGGAUACUCGCCAAGAUGCCAAGUUUUCCAUGUCAAAUCAUACCACUGAUAGUAUAUUCACAUAUGCCGAAGAUCCUUUGAUUAUUAGUCUAUUUUUUCCUUUUCCUUUUUUUGUCAAAACGCAUUUAAUUAUUCGUUAGUGGCCACAAAAGUGUGCUUUUCUUUGAGCUUUUAAUCCAAUAUAUUUGUACACGAGGUGACUAUAAUUUGUUUUGAAACAGUCAAUAAUCACAGUGCUUAUAGAAGAGUCUGACGGAAAUAUUGU